UCAGGCAGGCAAAUAUUCCAUCGAUGUUUCAGUUGUCUUGAAGCUACUCAACACGCUUGUUCUAUUCCAAACUGGCGUCUGUUCUAGGAUGUUUGUUGCUGCUAUGGACAGUAGGCAAAUCUACGGCCCGUUCCGCACUGCCGGAACAACCGACUCCAACCAAUGUGAUGCUGCAUGAUAUAUGCACUCAGAAUCCUUACGCACCGAAACGUUUCUUCUUCGACCAAGGAGAAAAUGGCACUAUUAUAGCCAAGAAUCUCGACUAUGACCGGAUCGUUUCUAUCACGUCUCGCAGUUACUAUUCUACUAUGUAUGGUCAACAGCAAGCCGGAAUUGGAAACAGUCGCCUUUGUUCAGUAGAGCUGACCACUUGUCCAGCUUGCUCUAUUCAAAUGCGAGUGAAAAUCCUCAAUCUUCCCAGUUGCGAAGUCACUGCCAAUGUUACAGCCGCAAACCGGUGCAGUGCAUGCGAUCACUUACUUAUCAAAGAAAACUUUUAUUCGACGCCACGCCUGAUUUGUGGCAAGUCCUUCAAGUUGGUGCAUGAUUCACGCACGCAGGAUCAUUAUCAUUCUGUCGGCCGAACGCUAACGAUAAAUUUUGUCUUUAGUCGUAGCUAUGAUUACGCUUUCCUACUUGAAUUCGCUUCCGUUGUGAAUACAAGGACGAUUGGCGGCAGGCAUGGCGACAAUGGCUACAUUAGUAGUCCGCAUUUCCCGACAGUUUAUCCGCAAGAUUACAGCAAUGAAGUCAAGUUGCAAAACCUCGAUUACAACAAUUCCUCCUCUUUCACGGGAUCCAUCAUGCUCAUUUUUGACGAUUUUGCGCUCGGAUUGUCAUCGUUCAUCGAGAUAAGUGAUGCUAACGAAAUCAGACAGUAUGCACUUGGCAGUUCGUUAUUCCGACCGCCAGUCGUCCUGAUCCACAGCAAUCAGCUAACCAUCCGAUUUUUCGCUAAUGGCGGAAGGGCUUUCGGUUACCGAGCCAGCUACAGAUUCAUUAACGAAUCCGCAGAGUUAAUCGAGAUUCCUGUUACGGAUUGCGGUGGGUUGGUGGACGACUAUGGCGGUGUGAUUACCAUGUACAACAUGUCAUCUCCGGAUUCUGCCAAACUUUAUGACUGCAUCUGGCUCAUGAAACCAGUGCCAAACUAUCAGCAAACUCCUAAAUCUCAUUUACUCGUUCGAGUAGAACAACUCAGCAGUCUUGAGCGAGGAACGAUGCUAGAAAUCCGUCAGGGGCUGAUAUCGCUGGCACCGUUGAUGGAAUCCUUAACAACUGAGAUAAGCCCGCAGUCCGUGAAUUCAGAAUACGUGAUUCCAAUAGACGUUGGUUUCUACAUACGAUUGCGAGGAAGAUUGUCAAGUGAAUUCAAAAUGGCCAUUGCUUACGCCGUUUUUAGUUACACCGAAUGCUUCGCCAUGAAAGAUUUUGUCUGUUUGAAUCAUCGUUGCAUUUCGUCCGAUUUGCGAUGUGAUGGAUUCAACCAUUGCGGAGACGACAGCGACGAACAAACAAGUUGUAGCGAUAAAGAUCCUACAUGGUGGAUGACACAUACACCGAAAUAUUAUUUUCCGAAAAUAAGCAGUUACGGUGACUUUGGUGCCACUUCGUUUGUCCUCCUCGUUGCCACCUUAGGUGUCGUUCUUUUUAUUGCCAGCAUAUUGGCAUUACUCUAUCGCAUGUCAUCUCAUUCACAACUGAUGAGAGAACGACAAGCCCGACUAGAUUUUAUCCGUUCCCAAAUAAUCAACAAUUCAGACGAGCGUGAGGUUGAAAUAGAAAACCCACCAAGCUACGAAGCACCGCCCGAUUACGCAGAGAUUGGCAAACUGGCUGAGUUGGAAAAGACAAGUAGCAAUAUCUGCGAAAGUGGAAGAGUUUCAGUGAUGCCGACACCAACACCUGGUAACAGAAGACGACGGGAGCUGAUGAGGCACUCUCGAUGUUCAACGGGCGGAGCGGAAUUGCUGAAUGCUACCCCGACAUCGUCUAGGUCUUCCACACCUGCUCGCUCACGAAAUUCAACCCCACAACGUAAUCGGGUCCGACGUACCCCCGUGCAGCUUUUGUCUCCCGUUCUGCCGAGUCGUCUUCAUACCAUUGAUUCUUUCGUUCCAACCAGUCCUCCACCGCCUUAUGAGAUUAAUCUUGACAGUCCGUUCCACAUCGUUCGAUUGGUAGAAGAAGACGCAGCGGUGCCAACACGAGAGAGUAGUAAUUAUGCACCGGUUGCAGAGGUUAAUGAAACCGAAUUUCUUCCCAAAGAAUCGGAUUGCGGUUGUCCGGGAGCGUGUAGCUGUGGACCUCCAUCGCUUAAUUUUUCGAUAGAUUCAACGGCACCUUUACUUCGAUCUUUGUCAUUGCUAUCUCAUCAAACGCUGGAUCUCAUAGCUCCUGCUGAAGAGAUGUUUUCCGAAGAACAGCAGCCGGUAAAACUCUUAUUACCUGUUGGAACUUUUAAUGAAGCAAUUAACCAUCGAUUGGCUCGUUCUUUCCUCAGUAUGGAUCGCAUCCAACGUCCAGCGUUAGACGAGACGAAGAAGAUGCCGUGGAACAAAUCGUUUUGAUGCCAUGAAUUCGCUUCGUAAAUAUAACCGAGUAGUUAAUGUAUUAUGAAUGUAUUAUGUAACUAUCCAUUGUAAAUUAUUUAAAGAAUUUGGCAUUUUGAAAUAAUAUAAUAUAACGUACGUAAAGCCGUGAUUUGUUCCUUAUGCUUUCUUUCAGAUAUCUCUUUUUGUGUCCUCCUUGUACUUAUUGAGAAUCACAAUAAAUCUAUUAAUUUCAUUAGGUA